UGACUGUGCUGUACAAACAGGAUUCUGCUCCUCAGACACAUUCAGACAUCAACUGUGGCGGUCAGAGAACACGUUGCAGCUCUGCAUUCAGUUCUUCAUUGUCUGUGGGACAUUUUAUUGUUUCUUUACUUUUGGAACCAAACUAACCAUUAAAUAUUUACUCCUGUUACCUUGAGAUACAAUUCAACUGCAGGGUGAAAGGGAGGAACAUUGGAACAACCAAAAGGUAUGAACUGCUGUUAGUUACCAAGGAGGAACCCAUCUGACAAACAACAAGAAGACGAGAGACUCCAUACUGUUUACAGCGUUCAUAAGGGAUUUACUGUAUCAAACCAACGUCCUACAGGGAUCCACCGGAACCAAACUAUUCUGACAAUUAUCUCAGUAGAUUUGACUGACGUUGGAAGAGAUGAGAUCUAUGUUUUCCCACCCUGCCGUCCUGUUCCUGUGGAUUCAGAGUUCUAGUGGAUGGAUGCAUCCUAAAUGCCAGAUUUAUGACAGUAGUGAAGACUUGGGACACUUUCCCACCUGGACCUGCAGCCAACUACCUCAUCAUGCAGAACGUUACACUGCUGCCUGUCAAGAUGUCACAGCCAUCGAGGAGGAUCUACUUGGACUUCCCCCUAAUAUCAAUACCCUCUGCAUAUCUAUGACACAUGGUGAAAAUAGAUCCAUGUCUCUGGGCUUUUUCUCUCAGUUUCAGGAUCUGGAGUCUCUGUACAUUAUUGGUUGUUUUACUCAAAUCCUUCCAACUGGGAACAGCCACCUUCCAAAUCUACAACAUAUGUACUUGAUAGAUAAAUGGGGAACAGGCUCUGGGUGCUGUGAUUGUCAUAUUGGGCCCCAUACAUUCAUAGAUCUAGUUAAGUUAUGUGAUUUGACCAUACAGGGUUACAGGUUAACAGCAAUGGCCCCAGAUGUUUUCCAUGGCAUCCCUCAGUUACAAAGUCUAAUCAUUAGUGAACCCUGUGUAGAUGAUUUGUCAGAGAUACUAUGCAGAAUAAUGAAUAUAAAGGCACUUAUAGAGCUAAAAAUAGAAGCACCAGAGAUACAAUCGAUAAACCAAUCAAACUGCUCCAUUUUAACUACCAACGAAAGCAUGACACCUGUUUUUAACAAUCUAGCGAGGGUUGACUUCUCAUUUGGUGAAGUAACACAUAUAGAAGAAGGUUCACUGGCUUGGCUCCAGAACCUCACAAUGUUAACAGGGGCUUUCAGCCAGGAAGUCCUACUGGACCUUCCCCUGUCUGGGAUUAAACAAAUCCAGGACUUCAGAUGCUCUGGGAUCAGUGUCAUUGAUAUUGAAAGAAUCUGUAAUGUAGUGUUUUUGCUUUCAAUCAAGAAAAUAUAUGUAAACAAUUUCAAUACAAGCAGCCUCUCUAUGUCCAGUGUUGAGUUGUGCACUGGGCUAGAAUAUAUGUAUUUAAGUGUACCUUUGUCUUUCCAUCCUACUACUCAUUUGGAUUGGUAUUUUAUUUCCAGUCUCAAAAAACUUAACGAAUUAGACAUAGAUUUCCUGAGAGAUAAAAACCCUGAGAUUUGCUCCUUCCAAAAACAACCAAUCACAUGGUUAACAAAACUAACUUUGUUAAUCAAUAUACAAAUGCUUUUUGCUAAACAAUUUAUCUGUCUUGUUAAGCUGCAGUAUCUGGACUUGACACAGAAUUUAAUUUCAAACAUUGAAGACUUUGCUUUCCUGGGAUUGACAAAUCUGGAGUCCUUAGACAUUACAAGUAAUAACAUAACACAGAUAAAUGCAAACACAUUUGAUGGUUUACAUAGUUUGACAUGGUUAGACCUCAGGAACAAUCCACUUAUUCACAACAUUGAGGCGAUGUCUUUCACACACCUCAUGUCUCUUAGACAAGUGUUUCUCGGGCAAGUGCACAAUCCACUAACAGAACCUGUGAUCAAGCUGAAUCUGACACUUAUAUUUGGUGGAAUUCUGAGUCAGCUGACUCAUCUGUACAUUAGUUCAGCUAUGAGGCCAAUGCAGUUGACUAUCGGCAGUAACAUCACAUCUAAACAGAAUCUGAGUCUCCAGCUCAAAGGCCAGAUGGUGUCAUUUCAGGACUGUGACAGACCUUUCUUUCAGUCUGUAACCCAUCUUCAUGCUGAUGCUGAAGAAUUCCUUUGUGGAUCUGAAUUCAUGGGAAAGUACUUCACGUCUGUGGAGACAUUUGACUACAGAUCGAAGCUUUCAGCUAAAAGGGUUGAUUUAUCAUCAAUUAAUCAGCUGAUUCACCUGAGGAAACUGACUCUACGACAGGUGGAUCUUUUAACACAGCGUUCUGCCGACAUCAUUUUUCACAACUUGACCAAACUGGAGGUUCUGGAACUUGACAACUGCAGGAUUUAUUCUUUAGAGGGGAGUUUAACUAAAGACUUAAAAUCUUUGAAAACGUUGUAUUUGCAUAUAGAGAACAUUUAUAAUGUAUUCUAUAGCUUUACUGAACCUCUCUCUAGCCUUAAGCAUUUGACGUUUAAUAAUUUACAGAUGUUUUGCAGUUGUGACAAUGCUUGGCUCAUUACAUGGGCAAAGGGGUACAGGCAGGUUGAAGUGAUCAUGCUUACUCCGUAUACACAUCCCGUUAUGUACGCUUUGGAGGACUUGAUAUGCUUGUCGGACAAUGGAAUAGACACACCUAAUUAUGUCAAGUACACAGAAGCCAACUGCACAACAGAGGUUGGCUUUGUGCUCUUUGUUGCGACUGGCCUGGGAGUCCUGUUCUUCAUGCUGGUGGUGUUCGUCCAUAACCUCACCCUUGGCUGGCUGUCGGAGGACAUGCGAUCCAACACCAGGGGGCGCUACCACUACGAUGUGUUUGUCUCCUAUAGCGGGAAGGAUGAGCGCUGGGUGGUGGAGGAGCUGCUACCUAAUCUGAGGCAGAGGGGUCCUCCUUUCCUGCGCCUCUGUCUGCACAGCAGGGACUUCCAGCUGGGGAAGGACAUUGUGGAGAACAUCACAGACAGCCUCUACCGGAGCCGCCACACCCUCUGCCUAGUCAGCCGCCACUACCUACGCAGUAACUGGUGCUCUCUGGAGAUGAAGCUGGCCACCUACAGGCUGCAGGUGGAGCAAAGGGACAUCCUCCUCCUGGUCUUCCUGGAGAAGAUCCCCCCUCGCCGGCUGUCUGCCCACCACAGGCUGGCUCGCCUGCUGAAAACCAGAACUUAUCUGGACUGGCCCCAGGACCCUAAUCAGCACCAGGCAUUCUGGGACAGACUGUGGGCUAAACUGAAACCUCUGUCUGAAACGUGAUGUCAGAGGUUGAUGUACUGUAAGACAUUCUGGACUGAAAUGUGUCAUCAGAGGUUAAUGUGGGACAUUGUGCUAGUGCAGAUGUAAUGUUGACUCAUAUGUUGAGGUAUGGCAUUUGUCAUUUACAUUACUCUGUACAAAUGUCAACCACUAUUUGGGAUUUGUUUUGACAAUUCUGGUGAAGUCCUUUUAAAUAUUCUACCUGCAGUGUACUUUUUAUGAUUCUUCUGAAAUAAUCCUGUUUCAACUUCUUAGAAAAACUUCCCCAAGUUUGAACAGAUUCUAUUUGUAUUUUUCAACACCUAAUCGCUAACCCAUGUCUUUGUUUGUAAAUGUGUUGCUAAGAGGAACUGAAAAAGGGAUCUGUUUCUGUUUUACUUCAGAGAACAACUACUUUACGCUGCUGUGAAUAACAAUAUAUGACCAAAGAUGAUGAACCAGUUAUUAAUGACAAUACAUGACCAAAGAUGAUGAACCAGUUAUUAAUGACAAUACAUGACCAAAGAUGAUGAACCAGUUAUUAAUGACAAUACAUGACCAAAGAUGAUGAACCAGUUAUUAAUGACAAUACAUGACCAAAGAUGAUGAACCAGUUAUUAAUGACAAUACAUGACCAAAGAUGAUGAACCAGUUAUUAAUGACUAUACAUUAAUGACCAAAGAUGAUGAACCAGUUAUUAAUGACAAUACAUGACCAAAGAUGAUGAACCAGUUAUUAAUGACAAUACAUGACCAAAGAUGAUGAACCAGUUAUUAAUGACAAUACAUGACCAAAGAUGAUGAACCAGUUAUUAAUGACAAUACAUGACCAAAGAUGAUGAACCAGUUAUUAAUGACUAUACAUUAAUGACCAAAGAUGAUGAACCAGUUAUUAAUGACAAUACAUGACCAAAGAUGAUGAACCAGUUAUUAAUGACAAUACAUGACCAAAGAUGAUGAACCAGUUAUUAAUGACUAUACAUUAAUGACCAAAGAUGAUGAACCAGUUAUUAAUGACAAUACAUGACCAAAGAUGAUGAACCAGUUAUUAAUGACUAUAGAUUAAUGACCAAAGAUGAUGAACUAGUUAUUAAUGACAAUACAUUAAUGACCAAUGACCAUGAACCAGUUAUUAAUGACAACACAUUAUUGACCAAUGACCAUGAACCUGUUAUUAAUGACAAUACAUGACCAAUGACCAUGAACCAGUUAUUAAUGACAACACAUUAUUGACCAAUGACCAUGAACCUGUUAUUAAUGACAAUACAUGAUCAAUGACCAUGAACCAGUUAUUAAUGACAACACAUUAUUGACCAAUGACCAUGAACCAGUUAUUAAUGACUAUACAUUAUUGACCAAUGACCAUGAACCAGUUAUUAAUGACAACACAUUAUUGACCAAUGACCAUGAACCUGUUAUUAAUGACAAUACAUGACCAAUGACCAUGAACCAGUUAUUAAUGACAACACAUUAAUGACCAAUGACCAUGAACCAGUUAUUAAUGACAACACAUUAAUGUCCAAUGACCAUGAAGCAGUUAUUAAUGACAACACAUUAAUGACCAAUGACCAUGAACCUGUUAUUAAUGACAAUACAUGACCAAUGACCAUGAACCAGUUAUUAAUGACAACACAUUAAUGACCAAUGACCAUGAACCAGUUAUUAAUGACAACACAUUAAUGUCCAAUGACCAUGAAGCAGUUAUUAAUGACAACGCAUUAAUGUCCAAUGACCAUGAAGCAGUUAUUAAUGACAACACAUUAAUGACCAAUGACCAUGAACCUGUUAUUAAUGACAAUACAUGACCAAUGACCAUGAACCAGUUAUUAAUGACAACACAUUAAUGACCAAUGACCAUGAACCAGUUAUUAAUGACAACACAUUAAUGUCCAAUGACCAUGAAGCAGUUAUUAAUGACAACGCAUUAAUGUCCAAUGACCAUGAAGCAGUUAUUAAUGACAACACAUUAAUGACCAAUGACCAUGAACCUGUUAUUAAUGACCACAACGCAGUGAUUUAAAGUUCAGCAUCGAUCAAAGAGUUCUGUAUAGAAAUGUAGUUGCUAUUUCUUUAACUAAAUGUGUUUCCAGUUGUUUUACUAAAUAUUUUGCUUGUUCUUUAUCUAAAUGUGUUGCUAGUUGUUUAACAAAAUGUAGUUGCUUGUUGUUUUGAUAAUGGUGCUGCUUGAGUGUAGCCUGUAUAUGGUUCUGUUUCUGUUUUUAAAUAAAGAGCAUCACUGCAUUAGAAUAAUU